AUGACUAAUAAGGGUCCGUGCUGUGAGAAAAAUCAAACAGCGAAGAUCAAAGAAGUUGAAGAUUUACCAUUUAUAAUGCUAGAGUUAUUCACUGCUGAGGAAAAUAUAGUGACAAUCGAUGCUAACCAUCUUGUAGCAUCAAAGCACAUCAAAGCAGGUUCUAUUUUACUAAUACAGCCACCUCUAGCGUCUGUACCACUACCAGCAAAAAGACAUCAAAGAUGCAACAAUUGUUUAAAAAAGGCACAGCUGCAGUGCUGCUCGCGUUGCCGAUCAGCUUACUUUUGUAGCAACGAAUGUUUCCGCAAUGCAUGGCUUCACUUUCAUCGAGUGUUAUGUGAACCACAACAGACAGAUGUUUAUAAGGAUGUGGAUGCCGACAGAUGGUUAUUGGAAAGAACUGCUUUGACGUUGGACAGUCAUAAACGACUUAAUAAGCAACAUUCGCAUUCUCCGCCUCAUCUGCCCGCCUCUAUACAAGCUCUUCAAACAAUCAAUUUGCUUGAUUCAUCCGCAACAACAAUACCACAACAGCAGCAGCAUCAGGAAAUUGUUGAUAGCGUGGCCAACUUUCUAUCCAAUUACGACUGUCAACUUACGAAAGAAGAAUUGGAUACACUUUGGCAUCGUAUAAGAGCGGCAUCUUUUCCUAUCCAGGACAUAGAAAAUCAUCUGGAAGAAGUAGCGAUAGGUGUUUAUCCCAUAACGAAUCUUUUUGUUCAGCAUUCGUGCCGACCAAACGCAGCAUUAUCAUACAAACAGGGAGGAGUGCAGAAUCUAAUUGCUAUCGAAGAUAUAUCACCGGGAAAACCCAUCACCAUCACUUACGCGGAUCUGAUCAGCACAAAGCAGGAACGAGGAGAAGCAUUAAAAUCACGGUUCGGAAAUAAGUUUAAAUGUCAUUGCAAUCGAUGUGAAGGUGAUCUUGCCUGUUUAGAUGCAGUGUUAGAAAAGGGGGAGACACUCAAAGUGUCUGAAAAAGAAGCAGAAUCACUUUUAGAACAUUAUAUGAUUUCAUGGUCUGUUUUGGACAUGGUGAAGUAUUCAGAGUCCAAAAGAGAAAAAGGUGAAUCACUGUCACCUGUGCAUACAUUAGACAUACCAUCGUUUUGUAUGUUUAUCAACCGCAUCGCCACUCCCGAUAUUUAUUACGCUCCUCUCACAGAGAAGAAGAAGCAUACCCAUCAUCCUGAAAGUUACUUACGCGUAUGUAACAGGAAUGACAGAGAUGAAUUAUACCGCCGUAUACCGUUGGCCUGUCAAGCCAUUGCCAAUAUCCCUCAAGCACCCAGUUUUACAGUGCCAUUUAUUAAAGCAGCAGAGCGUUUGCUGAGAGCUCGAAUAACCGAAGGUAAAUGGGUUGAAAGCUCCCGCUGUGCGUUAUUUCUAGCGAUUGCCUAUAGAUUAUUGUAUCCUUUAUUACAUCCAAAAGUAUCACAUCAUACUCUCAUCUUGGCUCGUGCAGGCUGGAACGCGCUUGUGGAAAUGGAACUCAUCGGCGUAGAUAGAAAAUUGGAAAGGAUAUAUGAAAAUGGCGCACAAACUUGGAUUGAAUUGGCAAGGACUGCUGUAGCUACAACUUUUGGAAGAGAGAGCAAUUUAUGGCGUGAUGUGAUUGAGUUACAAUGGGUUUACGAACGUGAGCAAAAGGUGCGAGGCACCGCUUAA